UUACUUUUACUUUUUUAUUAUCAUUUAAAGAAUUAAAUAAUUUGUUUAUUUUGCUCUGCUUAUAAAUUGUAAUUUGUUUUAUUUUUAGAAUAUAUUAAUUAAUAAGUAUGCUAAAAAAAAUGUUUAAACAUAUUAUCAUAACAAAAUAAACAGGGUAUUUUGUAUAGCAAUGAAAUAAACUAAUAUAUUUGUGUGGUAUGAUGAUUACUUAACUAAAUUGCAUUUCAGCAGUAAGAUUUUGUAUGUAGAAAUAGUUGUGUAUUUCCCUUGUUUUUAAAUAUUUAAUGUUGUACCAUGGAUAUAACUCUAAUGGAGAAGGAAGAAUUCAUGCAAGAACAUCUUGUGGUUUGGCUACAAUCUUGUUUGGAUCAACCUGACAAACUAACUAUUUAUGAUGAUUUAAUUGAUGGUACAUUGAUCUAUGAAGUCCUACUUCUAAUAGAUCCUGAACCUUUAUACCAUGCUGUUAUUUCUGGCCAAGACGAUCCAGCCUUAAGAGUACAAAAUUUAAAUUGUAUUUUAAAAAAUAUAAAAAUGUUGUAUGAGGAAGAAUUAGGUCAAGUGGUCUUAACAAUGCCAGACUGUUUACGACUUGGAAGAGAACCAUACUCUAAAGGUAGUUUUGAAGAUAUGAAACUAUUAUUAUUACUGUUACUUGGUUGUGCAGUCCAAUGUCCUAAUAAGGAGAAAUUCAUUGAGCGAAUUAAAACCUUGCCCAUUGAAUCUCAGCAUGCUCUCGUACAUUACAUUAAACAGAUAACUGAAAGUCAACAACUAGUUAUUACACAAGAAAAUGCAGAGCAUUUGACAACAGAUCUCAUGAUAUCUCAUAUUCGGCAACUAGUUAAAGAACGAGAUCAGUAUCUACAAACGUUGACAGAAUUGGAAGAAAAACGAAAUAAUAUUUCCAAACCUAUUGGAUCAACCAUAAUUACAUCUAUUGGUUCCAGCGGUGAUAAUCAAAACUAUGCUUUAGAACUUGCAGAUUGGAAAGCUAAACUCCGGAAAUUGAGACAUGAGCUAGAAGAAAAAACUGAAGCUUUAGCUGAAACUAAGGAAGAACUUGAACAAACAAAUCACACAGUAGCUAAACUAAAAGAAGAGAUUCAACAGAUCAAAGUUGAUGCAAGAUCAGCUAAAGCUUAUCGAGAUGAAGUAGAUGCAUUAAGAGAAAAAGCAGCAAACUGCGAACAUCUUGAAACGGAAAUAAAAAAAUAUAAAGAAAAACUUGGAGAUUUGAAUUAUUACAAAACAAGAGAAGAAGAACUUACUCAAAACAACCUUUUACUACAAGAAACUAGAGAGACCCUUGAGGAGCAACUACUUAAAUUUAGAAGACGAGUUUCCCAAAUGCAAGACAUGGAAUCUCAGUUAUUACACUUUAAGCAAACAAUUAACACAAUGACAUUAGAGCGUGAUGCACACUUAAGAAAAAUUGAUGAAUUAAUAUAUGAAAAUGCACAACUUGAUUUGAUGAACAAAUCGCAUCAAUAUAAUGAAAGUUUCUCCCGAGGCAACAAUGAUAAUGAUAGUUUUAUUGAUAAUUUUGGAUCAAAGGAUAAUAGUUUAUGUGAGCAGCUAAGUACCAGUGCUCAGUCACAUGCUCUUAAACUUGAAUUAGAAAAUAAAAAACUUACAUCAACUAUUGAAUCAUUACAAGAAAACAUGAGGCAUCAAAAUAAUGAAAUGAUAUUGGAGUUGGAAAAGGAUAAAAAGUUGUUAUCAUUACAGCUUGAAGAAACGGAAAAUAUCAAAAACCGUUUACAACAACACAGUUCUUUAUUAGAAAAUGAAUUGUACACAAUUAAAAAUGAGUUAAAAAAACUAUCUGAAGCUAAUGAGUUACUUAAAUUACAAAUUGAGAUAAAAACUGAAGAUUUGGAAAGUGCCAAAAGAGAAUUAAAAAAAAUUAAAAACCAAUUAGAAGAGAAUCAAGUACUACAUAGUAAUGAAAAAUCUGACUUAGUUCAAGGUUUGGAACUUAAGAACAGUAAUUUAGAAAAGGAUGUAGCCAAGUUAAAAUCAAUAUUAGAUAAUAAGUUGGAAACCAUUGAUAACUUAACAAGUGAAAUUGAAAUAUUGAAAAAAGAAAACAAACAGUUUUGUAUUAACUUGGAUGAUAAUGAUAAACAAAUAACUAAAUUACGUGCUAUUCAAAAUGAGUUCCACGAAUUGGAAAGUAAAUAUGCAGUUGAAGUGGCAGCUACUAAAGCGGUUCAGGAUGACUUGGUGACAGAAAAACGUAGAUCUCAACAGAUAAUGGAAAAUUUAGACAGAUUAGGCUUAGCACUGGACCAGUCAGCAGAACCUGAAAAUGUUCUAGCUCAGAUUGUUUCAAGUCCUGAAGUAGUCAAAGCAGUUAGAGAAAAAUUUAGUACAAGUUUAAGCCAUGAAAUAAAAAAUGAUAAUGUUGCUCAAAUGGAAGUUGAAUUAACAACAUUAAAAUCCAAAGUACAAUCUCUUAACACCCAACACACUGCGUUACAAUUAGCAAAUUCUCAGUUAGUCGCAGAAAAGGAAGAUACCCAAAAAGAAUUGGAUGUGAUAAAAACUGCUUUCACUAAGUUACAGUCACUGCACAACCAAUUAACAAGUGAGUAUGAAGAACAAAUUAAACAGAAGGAUUCCUUAAAAAGUGAUUUAAAAGAUGCAAGAUUAGCAUUAAAAGAAAAAUUAACUCAAUUAAGAAGUGUUGAAUCAAAGUUAAAACGUGAAAACGAACAGUUAAAGGCAGAAAUUGCUGCAUUGAAACAUUUACCAGCUGAACAUGCUAAAUUAAAAGAUGACUUCAGAGCUUUGUUUACUAUAAAUGAAAAACUGAAAACAGAUUUAAGAAACAGUUUUGAUACUGGAGAGUUAGUUGACACACAUUUAAAAGAAAUAGAAUCUCUUAAAUCUAAACUCACUGAUGCUAAUGCUCGAUAUACAGUACUACAACAAAUGACAAGUUCUUUUGGAGAGGACAGAAGAUCUCUAAUGGAACAUGUAACUAUGCUAAUUACUCAAUACCAUGAACUUUUGACGCAAUCAUUAGAGGAUAAAGAACAAUAUCAUUUAGAAGAAAAAAAUAAUGCUGACAAAUUAAAUCAUUUGUCUCGACAAAAAGAAAAACUUGAAGAAAAAAUUAUGGAUCAUUAUAGAAAACUUAACAGUUGCAGCAUUAACAAAAAGAAAACUUUUGGUUCUACUUGGAUAAGAAAAGUUAAAAAAGCUGGAACAGAACUGAUAAAUAAGAGUCGUACAUCCUGGCAUGAAGAUAUGGCCAGAAGAGGAAUUGAUUCAGAUACGAGCCUAGAUUUAGAAGACACUCAAUCAAAUAUUCAUGAGUUUUCAGACAACUUGAGCAGCUUAGGUACACCUGGAACACGGCAAACCCUCUAUCUUUCAGGAGAAGAAAACGAUUGUGAUGAUGGACCUGUUGUAGCCAGUCACUCAUUGUCCGAAAGUCCACUUACUUCUACUUAUAAAAACGAAAACAAACCGUCUAGUUUAGUAGAUAGAGAAUUCAAUGAAACUAAGAGCAAUCAGCCAAUGCGACCGAAUAAACCACUGCGUACAAAUGAAGAUUCAAACUGGUAUGAAUAUGGUUGUGUAUAAUUUCCUUUAAACAUUGUCUCUUUUACAAUUUCACAUAACUGCUAAAUAUUUUUAUAUAAUAUAAUAAAUUGUUCCUUUUUAGUUUUUAACAGCACAAAUAGUCUUCCUAAUAAAAAAAAACAAUUAAGCUAACUGUAGUAUAUGUUAUUCUAUAAUAUAUUUUUUAAAUAAAUGUUUUGUAACAUUUUAGAUUAAGAUAUUUUUAUAUGUAUAUUAUUAUUCUUUUUAUAAGUAACCAGUGAGAUAAAGAUAUAUCAUAAACACUUUACUUACACUAUUUAAUUGUUGUGUAAGUCUAUAAUUUUUAAUUAUUUUUAUAAAAUAAAAA